GUCGCAUUAUCCAAGAUGGUUGACAUCUGAAAAAUAAUCCGACUUUUUUGCAAUAAAAAGCAGAAUGUAGCUCGAAUGCGUUAAAUUCUAAUGAAAUUAGGCCAAUAUAUCGAAUAAAGACAACUUUUUUCUCACUUUCAAAGGCUGGAAAUUCUCUGAAGAUUUUCGACAUUGAAAGAUGGAGUCUACAAAUGGAGUUGUGGUGUCCUAUGUUGGCGAGGAUGGAUCGGUCAUGAUGCAGCUCGAGCACAGCAAUGGUGACCUCCUCAACCCAAACACUGAAAACAGGGCGUCGAAUCUUGGCAGUGAAUUAACGCCUCCAGUCGGUGUAAAAACAGAACCAGAGAUCCUCAAAUCGGCCACGAGUCUUACGCAAGUUUGGGAGGAUACGAAUGAUGGCCUUUUCUCGGCGACAUCAGGAGAGAGUGUCAAGACGCCUCCAUGUGAUGACGUCGUUGUGACAGAUCCUGUGACAAACAUGGACACAUUAGCUAAUAGCGCAACGUCACUGACUUUACCUGGAAAGUAUGUUUUUCCAGAUAAUCACCAGGGAACUCUUGGUAACCUGCCCACUCAUGGGACUCAAAUUGACACUUCAUCCAGUGAUUUAACUAGUGUAACCCCUAUGAAUUUCCCUGGGAAUGGUGACAUUCUGGAAAAUUCUCACCCUCUGGGUUAUGAUGAAUUGAAUGCUGAAAUUGAUUUGAAUCAGGUCGAGUACAUCCAGAGUGAUUAUAAAGUUGAGAAAGAAGAAUAUAUGCCUGAUGACGAGUUUCAGGAGAGUUAUAACGUAGAUGUUGAAAAUUCAGCGGAAUUUGGCGUAAAAACUGAAAACGUUGACAAUACUGAUGGUGAGAAUUCAGCCGAAUUUUACAUCAAGACUGAGAGCCUUGCCAAUACAGUCGAAACAUUUUUUGAUAUUUUUCAACCGAGCAAAGCCCAGGCUGAAGACUCAGACUCUGAUAGCAGCUCUUGUCCGAGUGUUUUGGAAGAGUUUUCAAAUUUUCCAGAAAGGACUCCGCCCCCUACUCCGGAAAUACAGCAAAUUCCAGAAAAUGUUCCUUUAGAGUCGGAAACUGUUUUUCCAAUGAAUUCAGCGUCGGAUUCUGAUUCAGAGGAUGACAUUGUUUGUUUGAAAUCGAAAAAUUUGUCGGAAAUGGCAAAUUUAUCAGAAAUGGAAAACUUAUCGGAAACGGAAAAUUCAUCAAAGCGGAAAAGAGGCGAGAGAUCUGUAAUGAGUUCUGAUGAUGCUGAGGAGCAUGUGGAGAUGCAAGCUGUACAGAAACAACUGCGUGCUGAACACAUGUUACGUGGGACCACCAAAGUCCUGUCUUGCACCGAGGUCAAUGACAUCAAAUGUCGCGUCCCAAAGAACCAAAAACUGACUGAAAUUCUGACAAUUACUGAAUUAAGUUUAGCCGGCGGUGUGAAGCGAUUUAAGAUUUUCUACGAGAGAAACACGGCUGCGAAAACUUCAAAAGACGAUCACAGCACCUAUAUUAUGAAGUGUAAUAACAUUGUUAAGCAAAUUCGUAGCGUCCAUAAUGUUUUGAAAGUCGGUGAAAAGGCCGGGGAGGUCUUUUCUGGUAUGAUCCUAGUCGAGCCGAGAAAACCAAGUCUCGAGUCUCCGUUUCAGAUGUUGUAUAUUUGGCGUCCUGACACAGCAGGUUCCAUACUUCACAUUUUGGACAUUAAAGGGUUAAAUUUUGUGAUUCGUCCAUUCCGUUUAGGGCCGUUCCUUCAUACCCACAAAGACGGUGAGAAUCACCAGUGUGCGUUGUUGUUCAGUGAGAGCCAGGUUGCGAAGUCGCAGCUGUCCUCGUCGAUAAAGCACGCUUUGCUACAGAUCGUGUCCAAUCAGUGGAAAGCGGAGGGGAAGGAAAAAUGUCACCCGGUACUCAGAAAGAAUCCGCCUCAAAAACGGAAGCAACGUGGUCAGAAACGGAUAAAAAUCACUCCGGUAAAACCACCGCAACUAGUCAUGAACACUUUAUUAAAUCGGUCCGCGCAAGGGAAGUCUGUGAAGGAGGUUCCUGUCCAGAAGAGCUCAGAUCAGGCCUUGAAAGACUUAUUGAAGAAAAAGGUUGGGUUAAAUCAGCCUAAAAUGAACACUUUAGGUAUUGUCAGUCCGUUUUUCUUGUCGCAGGAUAAUGAUGAUGAUGUUGAAUUUGUCAGUACCGGGACAACAGUCCUGAGGGAAUCACCUGCUGAGGUCAUCUUUCCAAAUGGUCGAGGGGGUCACGUGAGGAGCAGUGUGUGUAGCGCUGGGUCUUCAAACAUUGCCGUUGCCACAUUACGUACAAUAACUGAAAAUUUGAAAAAUGUUGCGUCUAUCGCGAGCGUGAUAAGAGGACCAGAAGCGGAAAGGUUGUUUUCAAAUUCAAAUUCUACCCCGAGUGAGCCACGGGCAGAAAUUGAAUUCACAAAUACGAAAAGUGUGGCUGAUGAACCUAGGGCCGAGGUUCAGUUCACCAGGGUCAAAAGUGAACCUGUUGUGCCGAGAGCAGAGUUAGAAUUUACAAACAUUAAGAAAGAACCUGGUAUGGAGAUUGGGUUGGAUUGUGCAAACUCCACAAAUGACCAUAGAGCGGAGAUAGAGUUUUCACUGGUCAAAAGUGAACCUGCCGAUACUGGCCAAGAAAAUGGAGACAGUGGGGAGGAUGACUUUGAUGAUGAACCAAUAGCACCUUUGUCGGAGGAACAAAUUAAUAUCAUUAUGAAUCAAACAAGGUUAGACGUAGGAAAAAGUCCAAUUGCAGCAAAUACAAAUGUAGCAACUGAAACAAUGGAAGUAACAGAGAAAAAUGUCCCAGCUAUAGACGCGUCAAGUCAACUAAGCGCAUCGACUAUUAUAAAGGCCACUAAUCUAUUAAAUUCAAAAACAGUUUCUAAGACAGCGAAUUCUUCGCAACCACGCUCAACGCGACAUGUCCCAAAUAUCUUGAAAUCGUCCUACAGUGGUGAAAGUGAGGCUCUUGAAGGGAAUGUGCCAGAUAAGCCAUCAAACGCGAUUAGUUUCUCACCUGUUGGUGUCAAUAUUCCCAUGGUAGUACGUGGUUAUGAUAAGAAGAGCUUGCGUGGGACAAGUAAUGCCCAUUCUGUAGGCAGAUUGAGCAAGCGUGGCAGCAGGAGCUUAUAUAUGAAGACAAUGCAGAGAAGCGCAGACAAAGGAGAUGAAUUUUUGGCAUUGUGGAACAAAAUGACGGAGAACGUAACCACUUCGAGUUCUGGCGUCGAAGAGGUUGUUGUCUCGGAAACUGAUUCGGAAAAAUCGGAACAAUCUGGGCCGAAAAUGAUGGAAGAUCAUCCUGAAUGUCAACAGUCUGAAGGGCCGAAAAGUUUUCAGAGUCGUUUUAAAAGGCGAAUGGCAAAAUCUGGUCCCAUGGGUUUUGCAACUGCUCAACCUUGGCCAAUGAACAGCUGGACACACCGCCUUGCACAAUUACAUACGGUUAAAAAACCCCGUCAAAAAACGCAAACUCAUUCCUCAAACUGCUUGACCAAUGGCCUCGCACAAAGUGAUAAACAAGCUGGUCUGAAAAUCCUCGAAGUUCACUCGGAGAAUUUGUCGGCGUAUUCUGGAGAUGCCUUGUGGGAUAGAAUUGUUGAAAAAACCCAGCGCUCAACAACAUGUAGUUCAAACAUGGGACCAGGUUCCAAAAUGGGCCCAGGUUUGGAAGAAGGUUCGGCAAGAUGUAACUCUGCAUCAGCUGAGACUACGACUCCUUGUAGCUCUGGUCCAGUUCCAGCGGUUUUGUGGAAAAGGAACGCGGCCAGGGAUCAGUGGGAUAAAGUCGUAGGAAAAAAAUCGUCAAAUUUGUCUAGUUCUGAUUCCAAAGGCCAGACGCAGCUGGGAGGUUCCAAGUCAUCACUAAAGACAGACCCAGCAGAUGCUGAGGUGUCCGCUAUCCAUUCUGAUUCUGACUCCGACCAUGAGGGGGUGCUCUUGCGUGCAGACGGUGUUGCGGCAGAUGACGGUGAUAAUGACAUGGAUGCUGGAAACGUCUGCAACCAAUCAAAUCCGUCCGAUAAAAAUUUGAAUGCAAGUUUCGGCAGAUUCGCAAAUGCUCAGCCAAUCACUCUUCAUAUUCCUCUCCCGCCGAAAAAGAAAUUUUUCAAAAGUUCACGCAACACGAAAGCAAAAUUUGACAAAGGAAAAUUUAUUUCUUCAAUGAUCCAAAAGGACGCGUCGAAGUACCAAGCUGAAUUCAUCGAACCACCGCGCCAACCGGAGUCUAAGGGGCCUACCACGUCACAACCUGUAAUCCGAUAUAUAGGUUCGUAUACGCUGCCACAGGAACCGGCGGUGAAACCACGAAAAUACUCUUGUUCUUUGCCACACGGUGGUGAGGUCAUCCGCAGAGUUGGCAUCAUCAAAGAAAUCAAAUCUGCAAGUGCACCGUCUCCAUAUUCCUGCUCUGUUUGUGGACAUUCGUUCAAAUAUUCAGGCCACUUGCGCAAACAUGUCAAAAUUCACACUGAAUUUCGUUGCGAUAUUUGCAAAUGUGACAUGCCAACGCGUAAAAUUUACGACUGCCAUAUAAAUACUUUUCACACGUUCUUGUCUGAUCGGUCAAAACUUGAUCCACCGAAACAGGAUGUGAAUCCGAAGUAUGAUAACUUGGAGCGCUAUUUCAGCUACGUUGAGGGCGAGAAUGAAGAUAAGAGUCAAGAUCUGGAUUGGGAGAAAUGUUAUCGGGAGAAUGGAAUUGGGGGGUCGAAGACGGACAACAGGGAGGUGGUGGAUAUUCCUGAUGAUAAUUCCAUUCAUUCCAGUGACAGUGAUGUUCAAGACGGUGAUGUUUUCGCACCAUUGGCUAAUGUCAUGAGCGGGCCAAGCGAGGACGAAUGGGCAAAAAUAAUUUCCAAGUGAUGUGUUCGGGGUUUUUAAGCACAUUUAUGUCGUCGAUUUGGAUCAUAAACUAUCCUUUUAAGACUCAAUUUUUUUGUUUUUGAGAUACCGGUGUUAGGACCAGCUGCUUGCAUUUAGUUCUUUUGAUUGCCAUAAGUUGGCAUAGGUUCUCAUUAAUCACUGCCACUGAUAAGUCAAGUGUUAUUUGCUUUUAAUGGCGGACUGUAUUUUGCGGAAUGGAACGACCUACCCCAAACUGUAUUUUGCGGAAAAAACCAAACGGAACAACCUCAUCCAUAGGUGAUUUAAAAAAUUCAUAAAGAAUAUUUCAGGAUCAGUUAUAGAACAGUUAUCAUCAGUUGAUACUGACAAGUUCACAAUUUUUAUUGAUUAUUUAUCAAAUUUGCUUUUAAAAACACUUUUAGCUUGUUUCCUUAGGUUGUGUUUAUUCCGUUGGGUUGUGUUUAUUCCGUUGGGUUGUGUUUAUUCCGUUGGGUUGUGUUUAUUCCGUUGGGUUGGGUUUAUACUGUUGGGUUGUGUUUAUACUGUUGGGUUGUGUUUAUUCCAUUGGGUUGUGUUUAUUCCGUUGGGUUGUGUUUAUUCCGUUGGGUUGUGUUUAUUCCGUUCACAAAAUAGCAAAUGAAUCAAAAGGGAGUUACGAUUGGUAAUUUUCUCGAAAGUUGGAUUAAAGGCAAAGCUGUAAGGGGAUAUUUGACAAAAGAUAUUCUCAAGAGAGACCUGGAUCAGUCAACACUUUAACACCUGUUCUAUCGAAUGUGACCCAUCACAGCAAUCUGGCACAUGUCAUCCUUUCCUUGGCAGGUUGAGACAGACUGGUUGUUCAUUUCACCGUUGUCUGCCUUUAGUGAGAGCUAAGCACAUCAAUUUCUCCUGUUGUCAUCUGGGCUCAUCUUCUGUGGGAGAUGCACUUGGGUUUGCUAAGACGGUUAUUGCUGUCCAAAUUUGAUUUGAAAUGAACAGAUGGCCUAAUUGUUUUGAAUGUCAAGAUUCUACUUUGAAACUCUCUGUAAUUCUACCUUGGAGGGUCACAUUCACUGUAUGUUUGACUCAGUUUGUAAGGUACUUGUUGCUACCAUCUUGAAACUUGAUGCCGCAAAACUAAUAAUUUGUUAU